ACCAUUCCUUUCUUAUCUUCAGUUAUCACCACAUACUUCAUUUGCUUUUUUCAGGUACACAUUUGCGAAUUGGGACUCGUUUCUCUCUCUUCAUUCUUCGGAAAAUCUCUCAUAACAGAGAUCUCAUCCCCUGCUGCUUCAUCGAUCGUCUUCAUCCAUCUUGCUAUUGGUUCCCCUUCAUUUGGAACCAUAACAAGCUAUAGCUAUAGCUUCUCUGGUACACAUUUGCGAAUUGGGGCUCGUUUCUCUCUCUUCAUUCUUCGGAAAAUCUCUCGUAACAGAGAAAAUAUGGCAGCUCCAAAGCUAAUCAAUUGUGUUGCAUUAAGCAGGAAAAUUGAUGCAAUGGCACUUGAAGCAGUAAGCUCUGCUAUCACCGGUACUUUGGUCCCCUUAUUAUCAAGUGAAGUACAAUUGCUGGGGAAUAUCCACACAGAAGUUGCCAGUAUCAAAGAAGAGUUAGAAUGGAUAAUGUCAUUUCUAAAAGAUGCAGAUGCCAGAGCAAAAUUAGAAAACGAAAGGGCAAAAAAUUGGGUAGAACAGGUAAGGGCGGUGGCUUACCAGAUCGAGGACGUCAUGGACGAAUACAUACUUCACCUGGCAGAAAAUAAGCAACGGCGUGGUUUCAUCGGUUUCCUUCGCAAAAUGGCUCGCUCAAUAACUAAACUCAAACCGCGACAUGAAAUUGCAUCUCAGAUUCAAGGCAUCAAACAAAUUAUUUGUGAGAUCAAACAAAGGGCUGAUAGGUAUGGUUUCAGUUCCUUAGAAAAUGGGUGCAGUAAAACAGAAGAAAAAAUCGAAGAUGACCCUCGUAUUACAUCCCUUUUCAUUGAGGAAGGUGAAGUCGUGGGCAUUGAGUCAACGAAGGAAGAACUGAUUCACAGGCUGAUAAUUGGAGAAUCAAACCGAACGGUCACUUCACUGGUGGGUAUGGGAGGAUGUGGCAAGACCACCCUCGCCAAGGCAGUUUUUGACAAUGAAAAAGUGUUUCAACACUUUGAUUGCCAAGCUUGGGUAUCUGUCUCUCAAUCAUACAAGACGGAGGACAUCUUUAGAAGAAUGUCAAAGCAACUAUUUCAGGCAAUAAAGAAGUGUGCACCUGAGGAAAUCAAUACGAUGGACCAAAAUUCUCUCAUUCAUAUGCUAAGAGAAUUUUUACUUCAGAAGAGGUAUCUAAUUGUUUUUGACGACGUAUGGAAUGCUGACUUUUGGGGAAUCAUAAAAAUUGCUCUACCAAAAAACAACAAAGGAAGUCAAAUAAUUGUCACUACACGCAGUGAAGUUGUUGCUUCUUUUUGCAAGGAAUCCUCAUCGGAUCACUUCUACAAGCUAGAGCCCCUAAUUGAGGGGGAGGCUUGGAAGCUCUUUUGCAUGAAAACAUUCCAAUGGGACUUCGGUGGUAUUUGUCCUCCCGGUUUGGAGAAAGUAUCCCGUGCUAUUGUGAGAAAAUGUGAAGGAUUACCACUUGCAAUUGUUACAAUAGGUGCUCUCUUGUCCACUAAAAGUAAGGAUGUAUCCGAAUGGCAAAGAUUCUAUAAUAGUCUCGGAUCCGAGUUAGAAAGGAAUCCCCAUCUCAAAAAUGUCACGAAAAUUGUGUUGCUUAGUUACCAUGAUCUGCCAUACUACCUCAAACCAUGUUUCUUGUACUUCAGCAUAAUACCCGAGGACUAUCAAAUCAGCCGUGGAAGACUAAUUCGAUUGUGGAUGGCCGAGGGUUUCAUCGAAGGACAGAAAGGAAAAACGUUGGAAGAAGUUGCAGAAGAACACUUGACUGAGCUUGUUCGUAGAAGCUUGGUUCAAGUUUCAUCGACAAAAAUUGAUGGUAGGAUUAAAAAAUGUCAUGUCCAUGAUAUAGUCCACGAGAUCAUCCUCACAAAGUGUGAGGAGUUGCGGUUUGGCCAAGUUUUGGAAGGAGGAGAUCCAAGUUGGAACAAUGAAACUCGACGUUGGUCCAUGCACAUGCAAAAAAUAAUGAAUAAGGAUUUGAAAACCAUUAGAAGUACCAAAUCCAGAAUUCGUUCCAUUCUUCUUUUCUCAGUGGGUGAUUUGCCAAAGAAGCACUUAUUGGGUACUCUAGCUAUGAAUUUCAAGCUUUUGAAAGUACUAGAUCUUUUGGAUGCUCCUCUUGAUGAAAUUCAUGAAGACGUGGGAAAUCUUCUUCAUUUGCGAUACUUAAGUGUCAAGAGGACGAAAGUGAAUAUAAUUCCAAAGUCCAUUGGAAAUCUACACAACCUGCAAACUUUGAAUUUGAAACACUCGGGCGUGUUUGUGCUACAAAUUGGGAUCUUAAGUAGACUUUGUAAGUUGCGGCAUCUUUUUGGAACAUAUGGAGUGAAGAUACAAGGAGGGAUUGGGCAUUUAGAAGAGUUGCAGACAUUGUGCAAUGUGGAGGCAAACGAUGAUCUAAUCGAAGAGCUAAAAAAUUUGAGGCAAUUGAGGAAGUUGGGUAUUAUGAACGUGAAAAGAGAACAGGGGAAGGCUCUCUGUACUGCCAUUGAGAAGAUGAAGCACCUUCAAUUUUUGAGGGUUUGGGCUACAACUGGCAACGAGAUACUGGAUUUGCAUUCUCUUUCUUCUCCCCCCGAAUCUCUUCAACAGCUCUUCCUGAGUGGACGUUUGGAAACGUUUCCGAACUGGAUAUCGGAACUUCACAGUCUAGUUGCCCUAAGUCUGUUUUGGUCAAGGUUGACUGGUACUCAUGCAAUUGAAGCUCUUCAAGAAUUACCUAAUUUGUUAAAACUUCAUAUCUACUACGGGUAUGAUGGAGAAGAAAUGCAUUUUGGCGUCGGAGGGUUUCCGAAGCUUAAGAAGCUAUACUUCGAUCACUUGGAGAGAUUGAAUUCUGUUAUAAUAGAGGAAGGAGGUUUGCCCGUUCUCAAGGACCUUCAAAUUGGAAAUUGCCGACAACUGAAGGAGGUGACCUCCGGUAUCCGCAAUCUUAGAAAACUCAAAUCUCUUUAUUUUGAAGAUAUGCCAACAGAGUUCUUAGACAGAAUGAAACCAGACAAAGGCCAAGACUAUUCGUUUGUUGAGCAUGUUCCUAAUGUCAAGUUUAUACUAGUCAUGGAUGGAUUUAAAAGAUAUACACUUCACGAAUACCAAGAUGCGAGGGAAAGUCGGAGGCUGAAUAGCUUGAAUGAUGAACCUGAGGGUUGGUGAGACGAAUAAUGUUCUGAACAUCCCCGCUACAAUUGCAGGUGUUGCUGCCAACACACAAAGCGGAGGAAAUUCAUGUUUAGGACGAUAAAGAAUUCCAAGUAUUACCUCACUAGCUGCGUCAUUCCAAGAAUUCCAAGUAUUGGCUAUUGUUGUUUUUUGCUGGUUGUUGUAAGGGACUAUAUCCCUAGACUUUGGUUAUUGUUGUUUGAGUUUAAUAAGAUCUGCACUUAUCCAAAAAAAAAAAAAGUAUUCCAAGUAUUUCAAAGUACUAUUCACAUCAUGACGAAUGCAUUUCAGUUGCCAUACGUUGGUUUUCGUUUCCUUUGUUGUGUAACAUGAAUUAAGGAUAUCUCUGCCCCACGCUUAAAUGGUCUCUAUCAUUUUGACUGC